CAUCACCACCGCUGGGCAGUGCGGCUGUAUCUACUUUAAGUCUCUACUUUUAAGUCAGGAAUGUAAAUCCAGAGGGAUUAGUGACAACACACUGGGCUGUAAACCCUUCAGUAGCUCUCCAAGGGGUCUCUGCUUCAGCGCGUAAAGUUAGGACGGGGCUCCCGACGCACAGCGCAGCACUUAUUAUCCACAGGCUCCAUGUGCGUCACCUCUGCGGGAUACUUGACAAGGAUCCCUGAUAUUUUGAUACCAAUAGCCGCGCGGGUCACUGACAGAUGAAAACGUCGGCGUGUUGCUGAUGUGAAGUUUUUUUCACUUGAACAGAUCAUCUGUCCCGGAGCGCAGAGGGGACAUGGGUCAACUUUAUGGUGCGACUCUUUUACCAUUUGGCGCUAUCUGUGUUGUUUUCCUGUGGGAAUCUGGUGCCAGCUCUAUCAGGACGACGCUCGCAGUGGACACCUCGAGAACGGAGUGUCCAGAUAAUAAAAUCUUGACCGUGGAGUAUCCCUGUGUCAGAGCUGGGGGGAAGAACAGCACUUGCUUCAGGAGGAAAUGCUGUGAGGGCUUCAGGUUUGUGAUGGGCCAGUGCAUACCUGAAAACGUGGAUGUGUGUGCAGCAUCGCCCUGCGAGCAGCAGUGCACUGAUAACUUUGGACAAGUUGUCUGCACAUGUUAUCCAGGUUAUCGCUUCGACCGAGAAAGACACCGCAACCACAAAUCUCCUUACUGUCUGGACAUUGAUGAGUGUGAGCACCCUGGCAGCAGCAUGUGUGACCAUGACUGUGUGAACACAGUGGGCAGUUUCCUGUGUCGCUGUCGCAGCGGCUACAUACUCGCACCGGACCAACACUCCUGCAUCCCUGUACAUAACUUGAGUUCGUCUGGGAAGUCAGACACCUUGAUGAGUGCUGGUACCUGCUCGUUCACCUGUCAGGAUUUUAUGAACAUGAAAAACAACCUGCUGCAGCUAAAACUUAGGCUGGGCAACACACCGUCAACCAACCAGGUACCAGGCUUGGCCAACAGCAGUGACAAGCCAUCUCUGGGGAGGGCAGGAAAAAGUCCUGAUAGCCCUUGUCUUCCUGGUCUACCCGGCACUCCAGGAGCACCUGGGGUCCCAGGACACCCAGGAGAACCGGGAGAGAGAGGGGACCCAGGGGAGAGGGGUCCGUCUGGCCCUCGGGGUCCACGGGGAGACAUGGGACCCAUGGGUCCAGAGCCUGACCUGAAGCACAUCAAAAGAGGCCGCAGGGGGCCAGUGGGACCCACUGGGGCACCAGGAAGAGAUGGACAAAAGGGUGAUAGAGGAGCUGCAGGUCCCAGAGGUCCGCCUGGACCCCCCGGCUCCUUCGACUUCCUUUUGCUAAUGAUGGCUGACAUUCGCAACGACAUAAUUGAACUGCAGGAGAAGGUUUUUGGGGAGCGGCGAGGCAUCUCUUUGGACAGUCCUCCUCAUUCCAGCGGGGAAGUGGAAUUUGUUGAGUGGGGCUCUGGACAAGGAGAUCUCAUGCUCAAUACCUGACCUUUGACAUCCCACACUAACAGUCUCUCAAACACAGAAAAACUUAACCCUUUGUUUCUUUCUUGAUAAAGGAUGCUACUGGUCAAAGUCCCAACAUGUAAAUAAUUCCUAACCUCACAGCGGGGACGAUCUGGGUAUCUUCGCAACACUGUCACAGACAGUAAAAUAGAGAGAUACAAGGUUUAUAUCAACGGAAUUAGACCACAGACUCUCUUAACCACUGCAAGCACUGCCUGAAAUAUUUCAGCUGUGGUGUGAGUGAGGGAUGUGUGUGCAGGACACACAGAGAGUGAGAAAGACGCAGUAUGUGCCUUUAUGUCUGUACCUCUGAGUUGAACCACUUCAAACGAUGAACUUUAUCGUCCAAAUCUCUUCCUGUUCCUGAGACCAUCCAUGGAAGCUAUGCUGCCACUGACAGUUUGCCUGCAGGGCGAUGGUACAAAGACCCAGGACGCCUCUGUGAGCCUCCUCUGCACCUGUUUGCAGCAACCAGCCCUCAAGUCUGAGCUCUGCAGCUAGUCUACUCUCAGGCAUGUUCAGAAACAAAGUCCUGAGACUCACAUAUUGAGUAUUACAAUCCCAGGCCUGUACUGUGGAACAAAGACAAUUAUGCCUGAUGUAUUUUUGAAAUUGUACAUACAACAACAAGUUCAAGUAUGGAAACAAUGCUGAAAUAUGUUCAUCUAAAUAUAAUCAAAUAUUUUGACUGUACAUUUGAAUAAGUAAAAUCUGAUGGCAUCAGCUGCAAAUGGAUUUAUGAAUUGUACUGGGAAGAAGAGAAUUACUUUAUACAAUCACUUUUAUAAACUAUAUAGCCUAUGAUCAGGAAACAUGUCCGUGAACAUAUUCUUAAUUAGAGAAAUGGCGUGAAGGGAACUUCUUCAUGGGAGUGAGUUACACUUAUUCUACACACUUUAACUUGGGAGUUGACCAGAAACAAGAGACAUGAACAAGUAAGGCUGCUUGAAAUUUUCAUAGAGUGAAGCAGCUGCCAACAAGGGGCUAACUCGUUGCUCAAUAAAGAUUUGUCUAAAUCUA